CGAACAAAAUCCUGUAAGUCGGAUUCUAGGGUUUUACAGUUGAUGCUCUGAGAAGAGAACAAGUUCUUGACCUUUUUCUGUAACUCAAAAGCAGCCUUUUUUGAUUCUUUCCCAACAAAUCCCACUUCCACAUUUCAACCAUUCAAUUCACUUCAUAUAAAUAAUCAUAGUUUGAUAGCAAAAUGAGCGUUGCAACUUUCAAUUCCAUUUGUUUCACAGGAGGGUCUUUGUGGAAGGAUGAAGCUAAGAAUUCAAGGGCAUUGAAGAGAUAUGAGAAACCACAGAGGCUUUAUGUAAGAGGGUCUGCAACGUUAUCAACAAAAAGCUUACAAACGGAAGAUGGGAAGUCUCAGAAAUCUGAAAAGCAAGUUCGUAUUGGUCUUCUGGGUGCCAGUGGUUACACUGGUGCUGAGAUUGUUCGACUCCUUGCAAACCAUCCAUAUUUUGGUAUUACUCUGAUGACUGCUGAUAGAAAAGCUGGUCAAUCAAUUGGAUCAGUGUUUCCUCAUUUGAUAUCACAAGAUCUACCAAUUAUGGUUUCCAUCAAGGAUGCAGAUUUUUCUAAUGUUGAUGCUGUGUUUUGCUGUUUGCCUCAUGGUACCACACAGGAAAUCAUUAAAGGCCUUCCCAAGAGUUUAAAGAUUGUUGACCUUUCUGCGGACUUUAGGCUGCGUGAUAUUUCUGAGUAUGAAGAAUGGUAUGGUCAACCACAUAUUGCACCAGAUUUGCAGAAAGAGGCUGUGUAUGGUUUGACAGAGAUUUUGAGGGAGGAUAUAAAAAGUGCACGCCUAGUUGCUAACCCUGGUUGUUAUCCGACAUCAAGUCAACUUCCUCUUGUUCCUCUGAUUAAGGCAAAUCUGAUUCAAUAUAGAAAUAUAAUUAUUGACUCAAAAUCGGGUGUGAGUGGAGCAGGACGUGGUGCUAAGGAGGCAAAUUUGUACUCAGAAAUAGCCGAAGGCAUUUAUUCUUAUGGUGUUACGAGACAUCGCCAUGUCCCUGAAAUUGAACAAGGACUAUCUGAUGCCGCACAUUCACAAAUAACUGUCAGUUUCACCCCACACCUAAUGCCAAUGAUUCGUGGUAUGCAAUCAACGAUAUAUGUGGAAAUGGCUCCAGGAGUGACAGUAGAGGACUUAUACCAGCAAUUAAAGAUUUCCUAUAAGGAUGAGGAAUUUGUUAAGUUGUUGGAGAAGGGAGUUGUCCCUCGCACUCAUAAUGUUCGAGGUUCUAAUUACUGUUUAAUGAAUGUCUUCCCGGAUCGAAUUCCUGGAAGAGCAAUAAUUAUAUCAGUUAUUGAUAAUCUUGUAAAGGGAGCUUCUGGUCAAGCACUACAAAAUCUCAACAUAAUGCUAGGAUUUCCAGAAAACACAGGACUUCUUUACCAGGCCUUGUUUCCUUGAUGCCUUAUCGCUAUAUAUA